GCAAAUAAAACGAUGGUAGUCGAGAGCCGUGUCAACGCGCCAGACAUCGGCAACCAGUUUCCGAUUGAAAUACGUAUAAAGGGCGAGCUUUUGCGAACGAGCAACAACGUGUACUACAGGUGGUAGAACGUACGGAUAACGUGUAGGUGUGAUAUUGCAGCUGCUUCUAUAUUCUUUCGACUCUCAUCUACAACCAAGUGUAUCUCUGCUCCUUUCGAAGGAGUUCGACUCAAUGAUUUCCACCGUCUAUUCUAUAAAAUCUAUAUUCUCCGUUGCUUCUUCCUUAACCACCUUGCUGUCGUUCCCAUGACUUAUGUUUAAUUUUACAAUUAAGGGAAAAUGAAGAGAAGGAAGAAAAGGGAGAAUCAUGUGAAAAACUCGUGCUUGUUUAACACGCUGUUAUUGCCGGUGCUCGAAUGUCUAACUCGGACAAUCGACAUAGCAAGUGCGUGCUUGUACCGCUUCCAUUCACUCGUCUUCUAAUACACGCGUCUUCCGUUACGCUCGAUAUUUUCAUUCACCUACGACGAAAUCUUAUGCCAACUUGAGUUCAUCGAGCACACCAACGAGGUGGGGGAAAGGUUGACUGCAACGGGUCAGACUUCUUUCGACUUUUAUGCUACUCUACUACUCGCUUCUUCUGGUUUCACGUUCGACCACACACACACACACACGUACACGCGCACGCGCGCGUCCGCACGCAAAAGUUGUCGAUAAAAGGGAUAAAAUCGCAAACGCUCCUGCCGCAUUACGAUUUAUACAAACCGAAUAGUUUCCGUACCAACACGAUCCGCCUCGGCAAAUCGAUUACUUGAUUUAUGCGACGAUCCUAUCAAACGUACGAAAAGUUAUCGAACCGGACACGUUACUCAUCUCAGACUAUCAGCAAAGAUCAAAUCUGAUUAUUCUUGAAAAAAUCGAGCAAAAAACAUCGUGCGCAAUUGGUAUUUACGUUAGAGGUAGCGUGCGUACAUUCAAAGAAACGAAACACAGCGCCAGCUAUACAGGAUGAACUCGCGCGAGAUUCUGCGUCAGCCGUCUUGGAAUAGCGAAUGAUGUCAAGCUCGCUGCUUCGAUUCGGUUCAGCUUCGGUUCGUUCACAAGUUGGCCGAAUACACGAUACUUCGCGAUACAUUCGCUGAAUCGAGAGGAUCUUUCGAAACUUCGAGAUUCUAUAAUAUCGACUAGUCGAAUCGAUAUAUCGACGUUACUGAAACAUCAUUACCUAUAAGAACAAAAGAUAGUAUGCGACGCUUGCUCGAAUGUCUUGGACUCGGGGAACCAAUUUGGAGACGUUCGAAAACAUGGUAAUAGUACGAAAAAGCGAGUAAUGCAAACUGGUGCAAGCACACCUAUGCUAAUAAAAAAAACCUCUACGAUUAUAUCUUCUUAUUGUCAAUAACUCGCAAAUAAUGUCUAUAUUUUGCGGAAGGAUGCUUAACACAAACAAUUACGUAAAAAUAUUUCCGAAUAAAUACACAAGCGUGUCACUCGAAUAAAACUAAUAAUUUCAUCGAAUGGAGUAGCAAAGACAAAAUAGGUAGAGGAAAAGUCUGUCUAGUUCAUUCUUUUUAAACAAAAGAAAAUACCACUCGAUUUAGUCGUUAGCGGUAAAGAGAAUGUAGAAAAGUUCAGAUGCGAUCACUCGUCAAAAUGGCAAUACGAUCGUGAACAACGAUUAAAGAGACACGCGACGUUCUUGUCGUAUCCAAGAUACCUUAUUAACCGGUAAAAUUCAAUUUCCGACCGUACACGAUGAUACUCAUGCCAUACACACUUCCACAAAUUUCGAUCGCGGCCACAAAGUGUUAUACCUAUGGUCCGUCCAUGGAACCAUAAAAUCGAUAGCUGGCUACCCGUUCGAUAACGCGUUUAAUUACCGUUUUCUCUCAUUGUCAGUUGUCCUUGAUAUAUAACACUACAUGUAACAACACGACCACCGAGGCUUUCUUCAACCUCUAACAAGCAAGAACUUGUUUGUUUUUGACCAACUAGUUUUAGCCGUUUAGUUUAUAGUGUCGCGUUAAAAGAACGAACAAUGGUAGUUAAGGGUAGCGAAUAACUUACUAGCGUUCAGCAGGAACAACCCUCUGCUACUGCUCGGUCAAAUUCUUGAGCAUACCGAUCAGCAACUCGAGACCGCACGCAUACUCACCAAUUUAUUAUUACUUAUAAACUUAGCGCGACAACUAUCAUUCGAAGCUUUUCUCGCGUUAUUUCGGAAUUUUUCGUUUCAAAUUCAAACAGUUACAAUAGUUGCACGCCAAAUUACCGAAUUAUGGAAAGAAAAAAAAUAAGAGAAAGAUGGGAAUGAUGAUCGAACGAAAGGACGGUCAGACUGGAAAAAAGAAGGAAUAGAACAUUGACAUGAAUCAAUAGAAUUACCAUGCCAACGACGUUUACGCCUUUCCCAAUAAAUUUAGAAAUGGAAUGGAAAACACCUUGAAAUAACAAAAUGGCAAACUUAUGGAACACAUCACCUAUAUGAUAACGAGCGGGCCUUAAUAAGUAAGCUUACGGUAACGAAAAUCUGUCGUCGGUAUUAUCUUCAUCGCCAUCGUCAUUGUUGACCUUGGCAAAAGCAGUAAACUUUAUCUCAAUUCGAGUUGUUUGAUGACCGAGAAAGAGUGAAAGAAAGGUGUGAGAAAGGGAAUUCACGGUCCUCUACUACGAAUAAAUGCCGAUUAACAUUAUUCUCGCUAAUGAUCGAUCGAUUACGCGUGUGUCGGCAAACGAAUGUGAAGAGAACAUCGGCAACAUUAAUAUUUUUCAUAUCAAACAGAACGCUAAUUGAUUAUGUCAUCAAAAAUAAAAGAUAAUUUGCUAUAAACUAAUUGAAGAGAGAAGGUAGAGAAUGGCGCAUUGCUGCGUCCAAUCUUUUUCGUGGAAAUACUUUACGGAACUGAAUGAUGUACUACAUAUUUUGAGAAAAAUGGACGAUUAUGAACUGCGCGCGCGUUAUGUCGGUCAAUAAUGAGACAGUACAUAAAUUUAUACAUAGCCUAACGCACGGGAACUAAAAUCGAAUGUUACUAUUGAUGGAUACCUAUAUUACGUAUAUGGACUUGGGUGUUUAUCAGGCAAGAUGUGUCGACGCAAUAUCGAAAGCACGAUGAUCGGUUCACCUGUCAAAGGGCGUGUGCUCGGCACAACGCCUUUACGAAGAUGGAAAGCGCGUAUCGUGCUUUAACACGAUUUCAAGCGGAAGCAGGCCAAAUACAUAUUGUGCGCGAGAGAACUAGCUAAAUCUACUACGCAAUGUAUCUCUGAUUUCUCCAAACCAUAUAAGGGAUCAAAUAUUGCAAGCAAAUAUUAAUUGUAACAUCGAUCCAGCACUUACGCGGUUAGUUGUCAUAUCAAGAAAUUCCUAUGUUCGAUGAAAACAACUGCCAAUACGUUAACUAUCGUUAUCUCUUACGAAAACAAAUAAGAAAGGCCUUGCUUUGAAACAACAAAUUGUGGAGGAUGUUAGAAGUUGCGUUGAGAAAUAUGACAGGAUAUUUCUUCUAUCCGUACAUAAUAUGCGCAAUAACAAACUUAAAGAUCUACGAUCGGAAUGGAAAGACAGUCGAUUUUUUUUUGGUAAAAACAAGGUGAUAGCGCUAGCUUUCGGUAAAUUACCGGAAACCGAAGUUGCAGAAGGUCUUCAUAAAUUAUCAUUAGCAUUAAGAGGACAAUGCGGUCUACUAUUUACAAACAGGAGUAAGAAGGAGGUAUUGAAAUGGAUGGAAGAAUAUGAAGAAAUAGAUUAUGCUAGGUCUGGAUUUGUUGCUCAAGAAACUAUAGUGUUACGUGAAGGGCCAAUGCCAGAGUUUUCACAUAGCAUAGAACCUCAUUUAAGACAAUUAGGAAUGCCCACAGCUUUACAGAAGGGUGUGGUAACAUUAAUAAAAGACUACAUUGUAUGUAAAGAGGGUCAAACGUUAAAUCCAGAACAAGCGAGGAUUUUGAAAUUAAUUGAUAAACCAUUGGCUACCUUUAAAUUGAUACCAUUAGGUAUAUUUUCCAAGAAACAUGGAUAUAAACAACUUAUAUCUCAACAUGAUGUUAAAGAAAAUAUGGGAGAACAAAUGGACAUAGAAGAAACAGAAAAUAUUGAUAAUACAUGAGAUAGAUACACAGACAAAUUUAUAUAUACUAAAACGCGUUGGCCAAGCAGAACUUCGAUAAAUGAAAUGUAAUAUGGACAUGCAGAAUUUCUACCAUUGACAACAUUCUUCCAUUAAUGUAAUUUGGCUGUGAAAAGAAUAAACCUAUAAAACUUGAAUUAUUUAACAAAA